UGCCUGGUGAGUGAGUCCAUAUGUUUUGUAAUCUGCGAAUUUGCACGAUCUCCGAGUAGCGGACUCCUUUUUUUCUACCAUUCCAGACGCUGGGCGGAAACGACAUAUUUUCAACACAAACACAAGGCGACGUAAUUACAGUAUCAGCGCAAGACGAAGUAUAUCGUGUUGUUUUUACAUUUUAGUGUCGGCCGGAACCUUUAAACACCAUUUAAAUUGUAAGUCAUUGAAAGGAACCUGCUGGUCUCCAGGUCUACCUGAUGAGCAUGAGCCUGACUACAGAACCCUCUAACGAUGGUCCCACUGUUACAGAAGAGAGCAAAAUGACUUCGGUCGAGAAGAAGGACAAGAAGGCAGAUGAUGUGGCUGAGGAAGAGGAGGAGGAGGAGGAGUACGUGGUGGAAAAGGUCCUGAAUCGGCGAGUGGUGAAAGGGAGAGUCGAGUACCUUCUCAAGUGGAAAGGCUUCUCUGAUGAAGACAACACGUGGGAGCCAGAUGAUAACUUGGACUGUCCAGAUUUGAUUGCAGAAUUUCUGCAGUCCCAGAAAUCAGCACAUGAAGGAAAGAGAAAGGCAGCUGGAGAUGCGGAAGGAGAUGAGAGUAAAUCAAAGAAGAAAAAAGACGAUACAGAGAAGCUAAGGGGCUUUGCCCGGGGUUUGGACCCAGAGAGGAUUAUUGGUGCCACAGAUUCCACGGGAGAACUCAUGUUCCUCAUGAAAUGGAAAAACUCUGAUGAAGCCGACCUGGUGCCGGCGAAGGAGGCGAAUGUGAAAUGUCCGCAGGUUGUCAUAUCGUUCUAUGAAGAGAGACUCACUUGGCACUCAUAUCCCACUGAAGAUGAGAAAAAGGAGGACAAAAACUAACACAGGGUGAAAAGGCAAACAGAGUUUCAUCGUUCGUUCAACUGGAUUUUUGUGGGGUGGGCAGUGGGCAGUGUGCAGCGGAGACAAGCAAGACACCAUCGGAGUCAUUCGAUGUACUACCACUCAUUUGAUUCUACUUUUAUCUGGAUAUUAUCUAAAUGUAUAUAAGCUUCGGGUUUUCUCGACAACUCUUUCCAUUUGAAUGAAAAGAUAGUAUUACUUUACAGUAUCCAUUGCAGUUGUGGAGUCAACCGCCUAUUUCAACAUGAUUUUAACAUAACAAUGUUCCAGUGCUCGGUCAUCUUGCUAAGAUAUUGUAUCAGUGAGGUGAUGAUUUUAUUUCAUUAAUGUGCCAUUUUCUUAAUUCAUCAGUGCAUUUGAGGGCAAACUGUGCUCAACUUAGCUGUUUCCUUAAGACUUGUUUGGUGUACGGUUUUGAAGUCUCUUCAGUGAUUUCAUUUGUUCACUGGUUAUAUUUGUGGUGUUUUUUGUUGUGUCUUGCUUGUAUCUUUCUGAAAAUAAACCACUUUUUGUUA